UGACACCUGCGUGUUAAGUUUAAGAUUAAGAGAGUGUUAGAAGAAGACGUGUCUCACAGAGUUGUCAAUUUGUGGAUUUAAAGGAACUUUAUUUUUACCGAACGAUGACAACCUUCGUUAAGGUUCUGUUGUUGUUGUUGUUGGCGUGCUCGGCCGCCUUACCCGCGAUGUCAUUGCCGCUGCCUGGCGUGGACUCUGUGGGCAACAGGACGCGACGACAUGUCCAUUGCAGAUACGAGCUCGAGUACUCGCAUAACAACCUCUGCUGUGCGGUCUGUCCAGCUGGAACACACGUGACGGCACACUGCUCCAGAUCUGGGGAGAUGGGGAAAUGUGAGGCGUGUGACGACGGGAUAACGUACACCGAACACGCCAACGAUCUAAAUCAGUGUUUGAAAUGCACACAGUGUCGCUCAGAUCAGGAGGUUGUAAAGCUGUGCACCGCCACUCUAAAUGCGGAAUGUCGGUGCAAAUCUGGGCUGUUUUGUUCCCCGGACGAAGCCUGUGAAGUGUGCAAGAAAUGUAAAAGGUGUGGAAAGGAUGAGGAGGUUGUGAGGAACUGCACGGCCACCACCAACACGGAGUGUAAGAAAGUCCCGCCCAAGUCUGACCCUGACUCAGCAAACACCACACUGAUUGUGUCAUUGAUCGGUUUAUUGAUCGGUUCUGGGAUCCUCAUCAUGGGAUGUGCGUUUUUGUGGCGGUGGUGGAAGAAAAGGCAAACGACGGAGCCAGAGAGAAAUUCAUCUGAUGACACGAAAACCGGACAGCAUGUCACGGACAACUGUCUCAGCGAUGAAACCCGAAGGCCGAACUGGCAACAACUGGUGAGAACCGUUCCUCAGACUGGUACGGAGGAGGAACGUAAAGUGCUGUGUGAAAGCCUCAGCAGCUCAGCCAGUAACUCCCAGCACAGUCUAACCGGCCUGCCCUGCUCCGCCUACAACCCCCCGCAAUGCAGCCCCGCGGUUCCCGUGCAACUGCCCAACAGGAGGAAAGACGAGGACUUCCCCAAACUUGUUCCAGUGAACGGCGAGGAGUCUCUGAGGAAGUGCUUCGAGUACUUUGAGGAGGUCGACGUCAACUUCCACAAGAGAUUCUUCCGUCAGCUCGGCGUCACGGACAACGUCAUCAAGAGCAAAGACAACCUUCCCUACGAAGACCGGAUCGACGAGCUGCUGAAGAUUUGGAUGGAGCGGGAGGGCAGGGACGCCAGCUUAAACUCCCUGCUCAAAGCUCUGCUCGAUCUGAAUCAGCGGCGGACGGCGGAGGUCAUCGUGGAGAAAGCUCUCAGCGAUGACCUCUAUGUACACGAGUGUUAACGAGGUGCUCUUCUUCUCCAGAGAGCCCUCAAAAACAAACAAAAAAAACAAGUAUACUGUGAGGUUCUUGUUGCCUCUGCACAACCCAUUAUUUGUUGCAUUGCGUUGCACAAGACGACACCCACAGUGUUCUUUGGCUGGUAGUUUACACUACCCUGCCUCAAACACUUGCCAUCACAAGGAAAUGAGUUUUCAUUCAUUUCACAUCCGGUAUCUGUUACUUAAACAGUGCCCGACUUGUGCUUGGUCCACAGAUGCAAAUGUACGCCUCGAUAUUUCGACGUGUUCAGGCUCU